UUGACAGAGUAAACUUAAAUUUUCUGUUUUAGACAAUAUUUGUAUUAGUAUUUUUCACAAAAUAAAAUGAAAAUAUGGACCCCCAACGAAAAGCAAUGCCUGGACCCAUGGCUCAAUCCAGUGUGAAGUCUGCACGAAAGAGUUUCGCAGUUACGAGUGCUUACGUCAAAAGUAACACGGCGGCGCCACAGAAAGAAAUCAUCUCUGUACAUACGAGCACACCACAAGUUGAACAGAAGUCUUUCCUUUCUGAAAAGAGUCAAGUUUAUCAAGGAGAAGUAAACGUUCUUUCUAUAAUAGAUACAACGAAGGAGAUAAUGUGUUGUAAAUACACGGAAGAUAUGAAUGAUGUUGCAGCUGGCUUCACGGAUGGAACAAUCAGGUUAUUUGAUUGUAAUACAGGAGGCUGCUCACAUACACUGGUAGACGAAGAAUGCAGAGCGUACCCUGGUCCGGUGACCGCUAUCAAACAUCGCCCUGUCAGCAAGGCUCAUCCAAUUACAAAUAUGCUUUUGGCUUCUUAUGUGAACGGCUGCAUUAAAUGUUGGAAGUAUAAAUAUGAUCAAUGUCUGUACACUAUUCGUGAAAAACGUCAGACGCUGGGCCUUUGUUAUCAUCCGAGAUUUAGCAAAUUUAUUACUUAUGGAGACGAUGCUAAGCUAAACAUGUAUGAUGAAGAGGCACAGACACAGGAAAGAGCCUUCUAUUCUAGCCAAAGAAAAAACAUAAUGGAUGGGCAUACUUCAAGAAUCUUCGCUUGUGCUUUUAAUCCCAAGUCGCACCACGAGUUGAUUUCGGGCGGUUGGGACAACGCAGUCGUUUGUUGGGACGAUCGGCAGCCGUAUGCCACAAGAUAUUUCUUUGGGGUUCAUAUGUGCGGAGAAGGCUUGGAUUUUGAUAAGCCUGGCAAACAGGUAUUAACGUGUUCGUGGCAAGAGAAAGAUAACAUUCAAGUAUGGGAUUACGGUUCGUGCAAACUUAUAGAAACUAUAACGCCGGACACGUACCACACAAAGCUGUACUGCGGGAAAUUUGUGCCGCACACCAAUCUUAUGGUGUGCGGAGGCUCCGAUUCCAACUUGCUACGGGUCGUUGAUGUCAAUAUGAAAAUUACGGAAUGCUCUAUUCGCAAUAAUCCUGGCGGCAUUUAUGCAUUUGACUUCGGUACGAUUCGUCGUAAACCAAGAAAACUACCUGAAACUUACAAAAAAAUAAGCGAAAUUCAAAGUGUACCGCGAGUGGCGUUCGUCACGGGCAAGAGGCUGCAGACAGUAGAUUUUGGUUGACGCGAUAAGAUCUCUCAAUUCAAUCUAUGUUUGUACUCGUUGUGAGGAUUUACAUAUGAAACUCUUAUAAAAGUUGUACAGUUGUAUUGAAUUUAUUUCUUCUUUUUUAACAUUCUUCUACGCACAAACAGCCGCAUAUUAUACAAUUUACGUGAUAGACAAAUA